UCUAUCAAUUUUGCAUUAUGUCGGUUGAAGCAUUGUCUGGUAAAGUUUUCUUGCUGGUAACUGGUGCUAGUCGUGGCAUUGGUCGACAAAUUGCAAUAACAUUUGGCUCUCUAUUGCAAGAUGGUUCUCACAUUCUGUUAUUGGCAAGAGACUUAAAUGCUUUACAAGAAGUAACAAAGAACAUACCCUCCAAGGUUACAGUUGAUACUGUUAGCAUGAACCUAAGUAAAUCAACCAAAGUCGAAUUAGAAGAAACAAUAUCACGUUCUCUGAAAGGAACUAUUCCAAAUUCAUUUGACAGAGUGGUUUUAGUGCAUAAUGUAGGUUCAUUUGGUGACAUCACUAAGCUUGCAAAUGAAUUGACAGAUUUGAGUACUUGGAGAGAACAUUAUGAUUUAAACUUUUUCAUUCCUGUUGUUCUAAACGCAGUAGUCAUGAACAUGUUCAAUAGUACAAACAUAAAGAAAGUGAUUAUUAAUGUGACAUCUUUGUUUGGCAUUCGAGCAAACCAUGGUUGUAGUCAAUAUUGUUCAGUAAAAGCAGCACGAGAGAUGUUUUUCAAGGUCUUUGCUUUAGAAAAUCCCGACGUCGAUGUAUUAUCUUAUUCACCAGGACCCGUCGAUACAGAUAUGUUUGAUAAAGCAUGUAAGAGCCUAAUCGAUCCCAAGGCUAAGAAGAAAUUUAAUGAAAUGCGAGCAACGAAAACUGUGUUGACUCCAGAACAAACGAUUAAUCGUCUUGUGCAGGUCUUGGAGAAACAUAAAUAUAAGUCAGCCGACCACGUGGAUUAUUAUGACGAAUUGUAAAUGUAACAUAUAAUUUUUCAAUAAGUAAAUGUAUUCUUCCGUUGAUAAAUAUUCUUAUUAAGAUUA